CAACGACACACCUUCUUCUCCAUAACUGUUAAUUGAAACUCAAAACCUUCAAUGGCACUUUCUUCUUUAGCACCAUUUUUCUCUACAAACUCAAUAUCUAUAUCUCCAUAUCUCUCAAAAUUCACUACAACAACAACAAAAACAAGAACAACCAGCCAAAAAAACUCCAAAUUUAGACUCUUUACUACACCUAAAUUCACCACAAUAUCAGCACUCUCUGAUCCAUAUGUACUCCAAAUAGCUGAAACUCUUGAAGAUUCAUUACCUUCUACUUCUUCUCCAUCACUUCAAAAAUUAAGAGACAAUUCCUCAAAUACCCUUCUCUCUACCCCUUGGCCUUCAAGAAAAGAUGAACCUUUUAGAUUCACUGACACUUCUUUUCUCAAAAAUUCAACAAUUCAACCCACCCCACCACCAAAAAAUCAAUCUUUAAGUCCAAAAAAUGAAUCUUUAAGCACAAAAAAUGAAUCUUUUAGUCCAAAAAAUGAAUCUUUAAGUCUAAAAAAUGAAUCUUUAGAUACCCUUUUGCCCACUCUUUCAAUUAUUGAUGGUUAUAUAACAGAUUCUUUAACUCAAUUUAAUGAUUUUCCAAAUGGGGUUUAUGUUGGGAGUCUUUUAAGUGUAGAUUCUGAGACUAUAUUAAAAAGGGUGUCUGAAUAUGAGUUUAGUUUUAAAGGAGAUUUGUUUUAUUCACUUAAUGGUGUAGGUACACCUGAUAUAGUAUUAGUUUAUGUGCCAGAAGGGUGUAAAGUUGAGAAUCCAUUGAAUUUAAGGUAUGUUUCAGUUGAAGGUAGUGAAAAAGAGUCGAAAAGUUUGCCUUUUUCGAAUCCGAGGGUGUUGUUGUUGGUGGAGAAAGGAGGUGAGAUUAGUAUAGUUGAAGAGUAUGUAGGUGGAGAUAAGGAUAAUAAAUGUUACUGGACGAAUUCCGUUAUGGAAGUGGUUGUUGGGGAAGGGGGAAAGGUGAAUCAUUCUUAUAUACAAAAUCAAUCUUUCAAUGCUGCACAUAUCAAGUGGACUUGGGUUCAACAGGAAUCAAAUAGCACAUACGAGCAUAUAGAAGUAAGCACUGGUGGAAAGUUGAGUAGACACAAUAUUCACAUCCAGCAAGUUGGUCCGGACACGGUUACUGAGUUAUCUACAUUUCAUAUGUGUGUAUCGGAUCAAACACAAGAUUUACACAGUAGGUUAGUCCUUGAUCAUCCUCGAGGCGUCUCUCAGCAAAUCCAUAAGUGUAUUGUGGCUUAUUCAUCUGGACAGGCUGUUUUUGAUGGAAACGUUCAAGUCAAUAGAUAUGCGCAGCAGACAGAUGCAGGACAACUUACACGAAGCCUCCUUUUGGAACCUCGAGCAACUGUGAAUGUCAAACCUAAUCUCCAAAUCAUCGCUGACGAUGUCAAGUGUUCCCAUGGAGCUGCAAUUAGUGACCUCGAAGAUGACCAACUGUUUUACUUCAGGGCACGGGGUAUUGAUGCUGAAACUGCCAGAAAAGCUUUGAUCUUUUCAUUUGCAGCUGAAGUAGUAGACCGUUUCCCAAAUGCCUCGAUUAGGAAGAAAGUUGAAACUCAUAUUAGAGAACUGCUAGAUCCCUCACGCCUUUAAUGGUGAGCCCUUUUUGAAAGUGGCACAUUUUUUUUCUUCUUAGUUUCGUUCUGCACUAAUGAUAAUGAACGAGAGCCCGUCUUUUACUAGACGAAGAUAAGCAUCUGUUCUGUGUAAUCCUCUUAAUGUAAUUCUUUUUUGUAUUGAAGAAAUAAAUAUAGUGAUAUUUAUUUGAAAUUCCGUCGAUUAUGCUA